CCGCCGCUGCCGCCGCCGCAGCAGGUUCCCUCCCUCCUCCUCCUCCUCCUCCUCCCGCUCCUGCCCCCGGCGGCGGCGGGAUCCGAGCGGUGCCCCGGGAGCGCUCGGCCCGGGCAGGAGGGGAGAGGAGCAGCGGCGGGGCGGCGGCAGGAGGAGCCGCAGCGCCAGCAGAAAUGAUGGAAGAACUGCACAGCCUGGACCCGCGCCGGCAGGAGCUGCUGGAGGCCCGCUUCACCGGGGUCGGGGUCGCGAAGGGUCCGUUAAAUAGCGAGUCUUCCAACCAGAGCUUGUGCAGCGUGGGCUCCCUGAGUGAUAAGGAAUUGGAGACUCCUGAGAAGAAGCAGAAUGACCAGCGGAACAGGAAAAGGAAAGCGGAAGCGUACGAGAGCAGUCAAGGAAAAGGCACUCCUAGAGGACAUAAAAUUAGCGAUUAUUUUGAGUUUGCUGGGGGAAGCGGCCCAGGCACCAGUCCCGGCCGGAGCGUGCCGCCCGUCGCCCGGUCGUCGCCGCAGCAUUCCCUGUCCAACCCCCUGCCGCGGCGAGGGGAGCAGCCGCUGUACGGGGUGGACGGCAGCGCAGCGAAGGAGCCGCAGGAGGAGCACUCAGCGCUGCCCACGCUGAUGUCGGUGAUGCUGGCGAAGCAGCGGCUGGAGAACGAGCAGCUGGCGCAGAGGGGAGGUGGCCUCUGCUUCACGUUUGUCUCGGCCCAGCAAGGCAGCCCAUCUUCUACCGGAUCAGGGAACACCGAGCAUUCCUGCACUUCCCAAAAACAGAUUUCCACCCAGCACAAGCAGUCACAGUCUGACCUCACAAUGGAAAAAAUAUCUGCACUAGAAACCAGCAAGAACUCUGACCUGGAGAAGAAGGAGGGGAGGAUAGAUGAUCUACUAAGAGCCAACUGCGAUUUGAGACGGCAGAUAGAUGAACAGCAGAAGAUGCUGGAGAAGUACAAGGAGCGGUUGAACAGAUGUGUAACGAUGAGCAAGAAGCUUCUUAUAGAAAAGUCGAAACAGGAGAAGAUGGCCUGCAGAGACAAGAGCAUGCAGGACCGCCUGAGGCUGGGUCACUUCACCACGGUGCGGCACGGGGCGUCCUUCACCGAGCAGUGGACAGACGGCUAUGCCUUCCAGAACCUCAUCAAACAACAGGAAAGGAUCAACUCCCAGCGGGAAGAAAUAGAAAGGCAACGAAAAAUGCUAGCGAAACGGAAGCCACCCGCCAUGGGCCAGACCCCGCCAGCCAGCAACGAGCAGAAGCAGCGCAAGAACAAGACCAACGGAGCGGAAAAUGAAACGUUAACGUUAGCAGAGUACCACGAACAGGAGGAAAUCUUCAAACUCCGACUAGGUCACCUUAAAAAGGAAGAAGCGGAGAUCCAGGCGGAGCUGGAGCGGCUAGAGAGGGUCAGAAACCUACACAUCAGGGAACUGAAAAGGAUACACAAUGAAGAUAAUUCACAAUUUAAAGACCAUCCAACGCUAAAUGAUAGAUAUUUGUUGCUACAUCUCCUGGGUAGAGGCGGCUUCAGUGAAGUAUACAAGGCGUUUGAUUUAACAGAACAGAGAUACGUAGCUGUGAAAAUACACCAGUUAAACAAAAACUGGAGAGAUGAGAAGAAAGAAAACUAUCACAAACAUGCGUGUAGAGAAUACAGAAUUCACAAAGAACUGGAUCAUCCUCGAAUAGUUAAGCUAUAUGACUACUUUUCGUUGGAUACUGACUCGUUUUGUACAGUGUUAGAAUACUGUGAGGGAAACGAUCUGGACUUCUACCUGAAACAGCACAAGCUCAUGUCGGAGAAAGAGGCGCGAUCCAUUAUCAUGCAGAUUGUCAACGCUUUAAAGUACUUAAACGAAAUCAAACCUCCCAUCAUACACUAUGACCUUAAACCAGGUAACAUCCUUCUAGUCAAUGGUACUGCGUGUGGAGAGAUAAAAAUCACCGAUUUUGGACUUUCCAAAAUCAUGGAUGAUGACAGCUACAACUCUGUGGAUGGCAUGGAACUGACAUCGCAGGGGGCUGGUACUUACUGGUAUUUGCCACCAGAAUGUUUUGUGGUUGGGAAAGAACCUCCAAAGAUUUCAAAUAAAGUUGAUGUGUGGUCAGUGGGAGUCAUCUUCUAUCAGUGUCUCUACGGCAGGAAGCCCUUCGGUCACAACCAGUCACAGCAAGAUAUCCUGCAGGAGAACACAAUUCUGAAAGCUACCGAGGUGCAGUUCCCUCCAAAGCCAGUAGUCACGCCGGAAGCGAAGGCGUUCAUCAGACGCUGUUUGGCCUACCGAAAGGAGGACCGGAUAGAUGUCCAGCAGCUGGCCUGCGACCCGUACUUGCUGCCUCACAUCCGCAAGUCCGUCUCCACGAGCAGCCCAGCUGGAGCUGCGAUCGCGUCGACCUCUGGGUCCUCCAAUAACAGCUCUUCAAACUGAGACACAGGAGCAGGCCAAAAACUGCUUGAGAAACGGGCGAAAAAGACACUUUCAGAAACGCGUUGGAACAGAGGAAUCCGCAAGGGUCUCAAACCUGUACCAGGUGCUUUUUUUUCUCUUGCUUUUUUCCAUCCAUAGAGCAUGACAACAUCAACUCUCAUCAAGAAAACCUUGGGCAUCUAGGCCAAGCCACGUGGAUAGGAGAUGGCUUGAGGUUCAAUGACCACAGACGGUGGCUGCUCUGAGCAAGGAGGGGAAACUCAAGAAAAUACAAAAAGACGUGGUUCCAUGUACUGUGAACUUGUGAACAUGCAGCCUUGGGGAAUCCAGGACGCCGUGUGUGCUUCAUAUGAAGAAUGUGGACUCUGGAAAAAGACUGGGCUAGUCCAGUGUUGAUAUUUAAACAUUGUUCUUUUUCUUUUAAUAAAGUUUAGGUAACAUCUCCUGAAAAGCUCGAAGCACCAACGUUCAGCUGGGGAUGAUAUAUGACUCUUUGCCCUUUGGAGGGGAAAAAAAGUUGAUCCUGCCUGUUCAUGGCACUAGAGUUAGUGUUUUACCCCUAAUUAAUUUCAGUUUUUUAAAAUAACAAUUUUUUGGAAGAAAAGCAGUUUUCUGGUCUCAAAGUGAAACCCGUAUUAGCAGGUUCGUAGCAGUGUUGUUCUGCGGACGGCGCAGCUUUCGGCUCCCUCAGUGGGAGCGGAUCACGGCCCCGGCCGCCACAGGGUUUCAGCUGCUGCUGCACGGCUCUCACAACGGUUGCAGCUCUUUAAUUUCUGCGGAGUGCUGUUCUUUUUGAAGGCGCCCUCGGACACGUGCCCGACCUGCUCUGGUGAGCGCGGUUACCCCGGCGGGCAGCGGGCGGGAAGGAAUCGCGGCGCGGCCGAGGCGGGCGUGACCCGUCUCCCGCAGCACUGCGCGGAUCUGGGUACAAAAGCGCGAGGCUGAAGACUCUUCUCACGUUAGGUGACUCCGCAGCAAAGCUUCCUCCCUUCCCUAACGCUUUCCUUUUGAAACCCGCUGACUUCCCUAGCUUGCUGCUGCGCUUGCAGACGAGGGGGAAGGAGAUAAUGUUCUAGAAGGGAGCAGACACCCUAAUUAUUACUUUUGUCUCCCGUCUGUAAUCCCGAGGGUUCUCACCCCCUCAGCUGGGAGACACAAACCUCCUGUCCCCCUCUGCCCUGUUUUCUCCCCGCGGUGAAGGAAAACGGAGCACACAAAAAGCACAGCGCUCGAACAUGUGGCAGCCAGGUUGCAGCGCUCCUGACAUGUGGCGGGAGUUCAGAGCCAGGAAAUAUUUAAAGCUGCAGCGCUGGAGAGCAGGGUUUGUCUGGGGAGGGAGCUCCUGUGGUGCACCAUUCGGUUUAGGGUGGUGUUUAAAACCAGGUUCCCCGGUGCGGGCUCCCUGUCCCACUGCCCCGGGCACCGCGGUGCGUGUCGGCCCCUGCGGCACCGCCGGGACCGGCCCCGGCCGCGCGGGGGCUGUUUGGGACACGCGGUGCCCGAAUGGCCGUUGGGGGCAGGAGGUGUUCUCCACGGCGCGCUCGGAGGCGGCUGCCGCUCGUCUGCCGUGCUGCGACCCGGCGCCCGCGGCGUGGUGUCAAACCUGCGCGGGAACUUGUGGUUAACUGAAAAAGAAGGGAGAGUCUGUCAAAAUUAACUAACGGGCCUGGGAAGCGGAGAGCUCUGCCCCUUUGAUUUUUAUUACUACUUUUGUAGUGACUCUUGGGCUUUUCAUUGGACGUGCUCGCUUGCAGCUGCAUUACGGUGGCCUCUCAACUGUCGUGUGUUAAACAAAGAAAUGCUGCAUCUUUAAAUGCCCCGCGUUGUGCUUCAGCCCUUUCCAUCCCCGCGGCUCUGCUCCACAGGUCACCUGUUGGCGAGCGGCGCCUCCGCGGGUCCGUUCAGCCUCCAUCGGGCAGACCAGGGCUGAUGCUUCCUCCUGUUCGCUGGACCUGACGGUUUGACGUCUGUCCGCAUCGGGGAGAAUUCUAGAAGGGUUUUUCCUGCCCGGUCCCGUUGUUUCUCGGCCAUACAGUGUGUGCUCUCUGUGGGUGUGGUUAGUUUUGUGUCAGAUGCAUUUCUUCCCGCUGUGCGACACCCAUGUAGGGGCCGACCGCGGCGAAGAACCCUGCUAGAAUUCCGGCUGCGACGCCUUCCUCGUUAAUACGGGUUUCACUUCCAGUAACAGACCCUAUUGCCACACUGUUCAUUUACUUAAAGAAAAGUGUAUGAAGAAUUUGUAACUUAAAGCAGGCCAGACUGUUUUGGCUCUACCCAACAGAUGAGACAUGGAUAUUAAAAUAAGUUUUAAGAAACUGA